AUGGAGAGCGAACUCUCAGGAAUCUCGAACGAAAAUCAAAUCGCAUGGUUUGGCUUCUCAGCUUAUUCGUUCAGUGAUUGCGUUUUCAAUGCAUACGUCAACUCGUGGGAGGAAGUAUGUCGUGAUGAGUUCAAAGAAUCUUUAAAAAAUCUGAACGAGAAAGGCCGUCUCGGUCUCCUUUCGUUCCCAUUCGUCCACAAAACGAACGAAAAAGUGUUCAAGCUAAUGAAGAGAUACUGUGUUACUGAAAUCUUCAAAAUUCCCUCCGUCGUCACACUUCCAGAAUGCAGAAAAAUGGCAAUAGCUUCGGUAAAGGACAUCAAAAAUCAAUCAAAAGCAGAGAAGGAAUUUGCUGCAAAACUCGAAACAAUCCGAUUGCUCCGCAUCAAAAUCACUCAACGAAAGAUGGACAUCGACUCGGUAAAUGGAGUGAUUGAAGUGCUGCAUGUUAUGGAAAAGAACCAAGAGAAGCUAGUAGAUCAGAAAAAAGAAGUUCCGAUGAGUCCAAAUCGUCUGAUGUCUCCCGUUUAA